GGUGCUGCUGCGCGGCCUAGGGCCCAUGCUGGCCUCCUGCUGUGGGCUGCUCUUUGUGGUGACCAGCGUGCCGGACCAGUUCGGCUUCUCGUACCUGCAGUACACGGACCCCACCGUAUUGCUCGCGCUGCUCUACGCGUACGCGCUGCAGAUGCUCACGUUCGUGACGCUCGUCACCACGUUCUUCACUUCGGAGACGCUUGUUGUGCUGGCCACAUGCUUCGCGGUGCUCGUCUCCUUCCUGCCGUACCUUCUUUUCGUCGAGAUGACCUUCGCCGUUCGCCUCCUCUGCUGCGUGCUGCCGAACACUGCUCUGCAGCUGGCCAUGGACAUCAUCCUCACCUUCGAACGAGACAUUGUGGGCAUGCAGUGGGACCAGCUGAACGCGAUGUUAGCCCCGGACGUGCCUAGCCUAGCGUCGGUACUGCUGGUCAUGCUGCUGUCAGUGACAGUUAACCUCGCUCUGGCUCUUAUAAUGGACGACCUGCUGCCGCUCUCAACCAACAUCGAUGGACCACGACUCUUUCGCGGCUUCACGGCAUUACAACGCCGAACACCGUGGUUGGUUGCCGAUCCCGAGCACGAUCUGUUCGAACCCAGCGAGCACCGACUCUCCGAGCCACCGGGAAUUUACGUGGACAACGUGACCAAGUGCGAGGGAGCCCAUGUCACAGAAAAUGCGGCGCCGGGGUGGGCGGUGUUGUCGGAGGGUUAUAGUGGUGAGAACCAUUUAACGCAGGUCCUCGGCCGCCGUGUCGUGCUGAGCAACGUUAGAUUGCGUGUCUACGAAGGCGAAGCUGUGGCGCUGCUGGGCCCCAACGGCAGCGGCAAGUCGACGCUCGCCAACAUCAUCGCCGGCUUCGAGGCACCAUCCGGAGGAGACGUCUUCUUGUCUACACACAGCGUGCGCCGUACGCCUCGCGCGGCCCGUCGUCGCCUCGGUUUUCUGCCGCAGACCUGCAUGCUCUUUCCGUACAUGACCAUCAACGAGAAUCUGCACUACUUCUCCAAGAUGACAGACGAGUACAUCUCUUCAGCGCUGGUGAAUGAGCUGCUUCGGACGUUCUUCUUGCACACACGUCGGAACGAUCUGAUCAGCGAGCUCUCGCAAGGGCUCCAAAAGUGCGCCGGACUUUGCGUUGCACUUAUGGCAGCGCCAAAGGUGAUUGUGCUUGAAGACCUCACGGGGGGUGUAGACGUCAUGCUGCGACGCCGCAUGCUGAAGCUUCUCAAGACAGUCAAGGACCAAUGCAGCAUAAUAAUAACCAGCCACAGGCCAGACGAACUGGAGUUUGUCGUCGACAAGGUCGCCAUUCUUGCUCGAGGCGUGGUGCAGUGCAUGGGGUCGCCGACGUUCCUCAGAGAGGCAUACGCGGUGCCCUACCGAUGUCGCCUCAUCCGGGAAAAUACCGAGUGCCGCUCUGCGCUCAUUGAAGCGCAGUUCCGGGAGUGCCUGCCGAACGCCAAGCUCAUAUCAAAGGCCGCCAACGAGCUCCUGUUUUCGCUAGGAACAAGAAAGUUGUACCACUUUGGCCACACUUUCCGCUCACUGAAUGAGUCGGCACCGUCCCUGUACAUCCGGGACAUCGGGUUUCCGUACUUGAGCCUGGAGGACGUUCUGGUGAGUGUCCCGAUUCGCGUGAGUUACAUGUCCGGCGAGGCCAUGGUGCCACCGACCGGAGGGCUUAACAUCGCUCCCGGCGCCAAGGUGCACACGGCCCGAAGCGGCGGUGUGCUCUGGCGCGGCCUGCUGGCGCUGCAGCGUUACCGCCUGCUGCACCUCGGAAGGCACGUGGGGCUGUACACGCUGCUGCUCCUAAUGGGUGCCUUGCUCUUCCUCGUGUUCUGUGACCGAGUGGCGGCCGUCAGGGUACCCUUCCCCCGCUCACUUCCCCGGACGCCACUGGAUCCUGGUGCGCUGCGAGAAGGAUAUGUGCACAGCGUGACCGAGACGACAGACCUCGCACAGGCAGUCGUCGGACUUGGGGCACAGCUCGGGGUCAAGAUCUCACCCGCAACCGUCGGUGCUGGUGACGCACUUGCCAUGACAAAUUCCACGCACAGCUUUGCCUACGAGCUGGGAACUCAGGCUCUGGUUGCGUGGUACAACGUUCACUCGCGAAGGUCCGAGGCUCUAUCCCUGCUGCUGCUACAGAACGCCGCUCUGCAGUUGGUCAGCGGCAACAGCGCGCAGCGCGUCGAGGCUGCGAUCGAGUUCCUGCCAGGUGGUGCGUCUGUGAGCCCCGCCAACGUCUUUUCCUGGCUCUCUGAUGUUGAGCUGAAGUUGAGCGGCGCCACGUUCGUUCCUAUAUCGCUAGGACUUUUCAGCGCCGCCGCGGCACUGUUCCCGGCAAUUGACGAGGCUGAUGGCGGUCGGAUUAUGCAGCGCAUGUCUGGAGUGCCCGGUGCCCUUUACUGGCUGUCCAACAUUUUCUGGGACUACACGGUGCUGUACAUGCUGUACAUGCUCAUACUGGCACCCAUGGUGGUCAUCUGGGGAUUCGGCGACAGUUUCGAGUUCUGGGUUUCCGUCAUACUUCUGUUUGCCGUCUACGGGUGGGCAGCCAUACCGCUCGCCUAUGUCCUGUCGCAGAUGACGGGACCUAGACCAGCGAGAGCCUUCGCUCUGGCGGUCAUCGUUAAGUGCGUCUUCGGUGUUCUGGCUGUGUUGUACGUGAUCCGGCUUCACCUGACGUACUACCUGAGCGAAGAGGAAUCGCUCAGCCGGAACGUCCUCGAGAUGAUCACCACCGCCACCCGCAUGCUGCCGACGGUCUCUAUAUCGUGGGGGCUAGGCCGAGCCAUGUGGCUGACGUCUCUCAACGAUCUCUGCCACAUGGACAACGAGGCGGACUUCAUGCAGGCCUGCCGUAUCCUAAACGCCACAGAGUCACCCAUGCAUCUAGUGCGGCGCUUCUGGUUCCUGGUGCGCUGCUGCAACGAACGGCUGACAUGCAUGGCCGGUGUCCACAAAUGCUCGCUGCCUAAUGCCCGCCUGCUCACGUGGAAUCCGCACUCGGUUUGGCCCGAGGUUGCCAGCCUCCUGCUCACGGGCCUGAUCUGCCUGGCCACGCUGUGCUUCAUGGAAACUAACGUGUGGCGGCUGCUUCGUCGUAUGUGCGGCUACCAGCCACACCUCUACAUUACGCGCGCGCCGCAGUGCGAUCUUCGGGAAAGCGAGAAGCAGCGCCUAGUGCGGUACUUCAAGGACAAGACGCUGCCGUGUGUCGACACGAUGGUGGUGAGUCACAUACGCCAAGAAACCGGCCCGUACGCGCCACUUCACGACGUCAACCUGUGCAUGCACCGGCGAGAGUGCCUCGCCCUGUUGGGUCCCACCGGCUCCGGUCGGUCCCUCCUGCUGCGUGUACUCACCGCGCAGGUGCCCGUGUCGGACGGUAACGCUCACCUCCGUGGCGCCGACCUGUUCUCCCAUCCGUGCGAGUUUGUCCGGGCACUGGGCUACGCGUCCGAAGAGCGCCGAGCCGCGAGCUGGCUUACGGGCCGCCAGAUUCUGCGUCACGCCGCCCGUAUGCGUCGCGUGCCGGCCCCGGCCGUGGCCGUGGUCGUCGAGCAGCUGCUGCGCAUGCUGGAUCUUGUGGAGCAGGCCGAGCACCAGGUGGCCGUGUACAGCUGCGGAGAGCGCGCCAAGCUGGCCGUCGCGUUGGCAUUGGUGGGCGCGCCACCAGUGGUGCUGCUGGACAAACCGACUGAGGGCCUGGACCCCGUUGCCCGGCGACGCAUCUGGCAUACCAUCAUCACCUUCGUCAAGAAGACGCACAUGUCUGUGCUCUUGGCCACCGACGACAUUGAAGAAGCAGAAGCGGUGGGUUCGCGAGUGCUGUUCCUGCACCGUGGACGUGCACGGCGUAUGCUACACGAGGAGGAGCUGUAUCCGGACACGGAGCGCGGAUACGAGAUCACCAUGUCGUUAGAUGGUUUGACAGGAAUGACCGCUCAAGCUGCACAACAGGAGAUCACGGACACCGUACAAAGUCUGUUCCCGGACCGCACUGUUGCUGUCACAUCCCUACAGUCGUACGUGCGAUUCCGCGUCAUGGACAACACGGUCAAUUGGGAGUUGCUGGUCGACGCCCUGGAUGGCCUGCGGCUGUCGCUAGGCCUGUCCGAUUGCCGUGUGCUGGUCACCACUGUGCUGCAGUGCGCAUUCUACCGGCGCCUCGUGGAGAGGCCGUCGACUCCGGCGCCAUCGAUUCUCAUGUCGCCAGCCUCGCCCGUACCCGGUCCGGCCGCUGCUGGAGGAGCCGGGGAGCUGUACGCUGGUCCAGCGCCACGCUCGGCAUUCCCCAGCCGCUAUGCUUAUCCAACGGGCAAGGAAUAAAUGUUUUGCGGCCACA